AUGAGCCGGUUCUACUUCAACUCCACCGUCAACGAUGACUACGCGGCGGACUACGGCGAUGACGAGCCGCCGUACAGUAGUGUGCUGGUGUUCGGCAUGGCUUUCGGGUAUAUACUGUAUGCGGUAGCGAUAUUUUUCGGGAUUCCGUGCAAUGUUUUCGUACUGUAUCGAAUGGUCAAGUUGGCCAUGAAGUCCAAGGAAGUGUAUACGUAGGUUUUGGUUUUGGAAAGUUCUUGGCAUUUUUUGUUUUCUAAAGGAAGUUCUUGGCGUUUUUUUUUUUGAUUUUUAAAGAAAGUUCUUGCCAUUUUUAUUCUUGUAAAGAAAGUUUUUGUCAUUUAUUGUUUUGUAAAGAAAGUUCUUGUCAUUUUUUCGCUAUCCGAUAAUUUGUUUGACACUCCCGUCUACAUUUCAAUUUCCAAUAAAUCUUGUGAUAUUUCGUCCAAAGCCAAAUUUUCCAAUUCAUUUCUUGACAUAUCGUCCCAUAACCAUGACUCUCUUUUAAAAUAAAUAUUUUCACAUUAUACCUAAAAUCUUAAUAAUUUCAGAAAUGGAACGGGUAUUUGUCUUCUUGCCAUGUCAAUAGCUGAUCUAGUAUCUCUCUGUUCAAUAUGUGUGCAUUACGUACUCAGUUUCGACGUGAACACAGGGCCAUUUUCGCGUACUGUUGUAUGCAAAUUGGCCAUAUUCAGUACGCAUGUGAGCACAUCAGUCAGUAUAUGGAGCUGGUUAUUGAUGUCAACACUACGGUACUUGUCAGUAUAUCAUCCGUUAUUUCAUUUUCGACUAUGGCGAUUGCCGGGCAGGGUGCUGUUGGUUAUUGUGAGUGGUGCCAGUUUGACCAACUUUGCCUUAUUGUUCAUGGUGGUUUAUAAACAAGAGGUAGGUUGUGAUCGAUGUCUUUAGAUUUUUUUAAACUUUUUUGUGGAGUUUCGUCUGAUUUUAGAAAAUUUCAUUUUUCAAUGAAUUUGUUGACAUUUCGUUUCAAAUUUUGAUUUUUCAAUAAAUUUUGUGACAUUUCGUCCAAUAUUGGAAAUUUUUGACAUUUCGUGCAGUAUUAAUACUCAAAACGUUCAGGAAGGAUGCACAUUAUCAGCCCUAGUGCCAGCAAUGCCAAAUUUGAAUCGUAUCUUUCUGUGCCUGGAAAUCAUAUGGUCUUUUUGUAUUCCAACGGCAAUAAUAUUGUUCGUGGACUCAUCUGUAUAUAUGUGUAGACGUAGAUACGCGGCUUUAUCACAGUACGCGCAACGGAAUUCAAAUGGCCCAAAAAAGGUAAAAACACAAAAAAAUUAAAAUGGUACUAACUGUACCAGACGUUUUUUAAAAUUCGUUAAGCUAUCGUAGCUUUUGAACAAAAAACCAUAAAAUUACUGUAACAUUGAAUACAUCUACUUCUGAAAGCCAAAAAUACCAUUUUUGACCAAAAAAUUUUACUGUAACAUUACUGCCUAGUUUAAAUUUAAAAAAUGAAAAUUUCAGCCAAAAAGUUCAAUGUGGCGUUGGCUGAUCAUCGCUUUGAUCGAUGUUGUAUUAAACACGCCAGAGAACAUAUUUCGAUUAUCAGUCAUACUAGGCCUGGUAGACCAGACCGUAAUGGGGGAGAUGUACAUGUUGGGUCGGACUUUUGCGCAGGUAAGGCUUUUAUAUGUAAAAAGCUCUACUUUUUAUGCAGACCUACCGCUCCACCCCUAAAAAAAAAUCCAGAUUCAUCAAAAUUUUAGGUCCUCUACUACUUCCAAUUCGGCUUCAACGGAGUCUACCUGGCCCUAUUCAUCUACGACAAGUCCACCAAACCAAUAUCUACCGGGCGCACCGGCUCCGACAAAAUAUCAAAAACCAGCAAUGCAGGCUCGAGCACACGAAAAUGUGUGGUCUCUUUCGACACAUCAACCAUUCAAAAGCAUUAA